AUGGCUUGUUACCUGGUCAUCAGUUCCAGACAUCUCAGGAAUGGGCAUUACCGUGGCAUUAAAGGAGUUUUCCGAGGACCCCUAUGCAAGAAUGGCUCUCCCUCACCGGAUGAUGCUGAAAAGGAGAAGGCCACAGCCAAGGCUCUGGAAGAUGUCAAGGCAAACUUUUACUGUGAGUUGUGUGACAAACAAUACCACAAACAUCAGGAGUUUGAUAAUCAUAUCAAUUCUUACGACCAUGCCCACAAGCAGAGACUGAAAGAAUUAAAACAACGGGAAUUUGCUCGAAAUGUAGCUUCUAAGUCAUGGAAAGAUGAGAAGAAACAAGAAAAAGCACUCAAGCGGCUACAUCAGCUGGCUGAAUUAAGGCAGCAGUCUGAAUGUGUGUCUGGAAGUGGGCCAGUAUUUAAAGCACCAAGAGUGGCCCCAGAAAAGCAGUUUCAGCAAGAAGUUAUCCCAUUUAAGGAUGGUAGAAAUACAGGAUAUGUGAAGAGCUCUGUUCUCCUUAAAGGUAAAAAUGUCCCCAGAAGCAUUUCCAGCAAACAACGUCAGAUUACACAAAAUCGACGCUUGUUCCAAACUGAGAGACAUUAUUUGUUUGGGAGUCGGAUAUUACAACCACUUUCCGAUGGCAGCAAUCCCUGUCACAGGACGGGUGUCUCUUUCUCUUUCUCCAAAAAAGCUCAUCUAAAAUUGGAGUCCUCUGCAUCAGUUUUCAAUGAGAACACAGAAGAAACAUGUGAGUGUGCCAAAUCACCCACCCACAGAACAAAGCAAGCAACGGUGAACUGGAAGGGUUGUAUGUUUUCAGAUGGAGACAUGGCACUCACUGGGGGGAAAGUAAUAAAUAAUCCCCGAGGUCAUAUAGAAAAAAUGAUCUCCAACACUGUUCCCAUAAGAACUAAAGUUUUAAAGGACAAAAAUGAUACUAAUGAUAGGAUACUGCAAGAUGCCAUCAACAUCCAUUCCUCCAUGUCCAAAUCUCAUAUUCAUCUUUCAGGUAUAGAUUUUAAUUCUUCAUUUAGAGAAAAAGAACAUGGAAAAGAAAUGAAUGAGAUCGAGGACUCUCUAAAAGGUCAUAGCUAUCACCUGUGCCAAACAAAUACCUUUUGCACACCACAGAGUACAUAUAAGCACAGCGAAUACAGGUUAUUUGAAUGUCUGGAUGAAUUUCCAUCACCAACGGGACAAGAGCAUUCGAUUAAGCUAAAUCCCAGCUCCAGAAUGGAAAACAGAAUAAAAUCAAUUGAAGAAGCAGGGACAGCUGAAAGAAACGUGGAAACUCUUGUAAAAGAUACAUUAAUCCAUGGAGAAGAAUCCAAAGCAUCACCUUUCCUCCAUGUGCUCAGUAAAGAUGGCAGCACCAACCUCCAGUGGCCAACAGAGCUUCUGUUAUUUACAAAAACAAAACCCUGCCUCUCUUAUGGCUGUAACCCAUUGUACUUUGAUUUCAAACAUUCUGGAAACACAAAAGGAGCUAAUAAACAAAACGAAAAGAAUGCAGAAUGCUGUAUGGAGCCUUCUGGGACUAAGACAGAAAAGGAGAGCCAAGCCUCAGGUUUAAUCAAAGAUAAACGAAUAGUGAUACAAGAAGAUAAUCAGUCACUGAAACCAAAGAAGAUGAAAUGUAAUCUAGAUGAGAAAUGUUCCCUGAAAAAAUAUCAAUCAGGCCUCAAUAACUCUGAGCCAAAUGUGAAUGAACAGGAAUAUAGUACAAAUGAUUUAAGUGAAAAAAAUCCUAAAGUGCCUGCUUAUCUUGCUGCCUCUAAAAAGGAUUGUGUGGUAGAGAGGCAUCCACAUGAAACAGAAUCUAUGGGACCUUUGAAGGACCAUUUGCAAGAUUGCCAAAGGGUAACCCUGAACGAUGCCAGUGAGGUCAAGUGUUUUUCUCCCUAUGUCUCUAGGACUAAAAAACAUAAAUCUGCUACAUGGGAUACUCACUUGAGAUACAAAUGUGGAAACCAAGAUCCUUGGACAUUCAGUUCCAGUCCAGUAGAAUGCAUCAGUGAUGCAAGUGAUGGUGGGAAGGACUUCCAUGGAAGUAUGAAUGAAAAUCACCUUCAAGCAAUCAGAGAAGCUUCAGAACGCAAAAGGAAUGGAAAUUCUGAUAGGUGUUGGAAAUCUUCCUCUCCAAAGUCUUCUCUGGACAGACAGUCUAGUUCUUCUGACAUCUCUCUUUAUAGCACAAGCAGCCACAGAAGCACUUGUUCAAGUCACAGGUCCAGUGAAAAUGGCAGAGACACUUUGCUUUAUGUGUGUAGAAAGGAAUGCCACCCCAAGGAAGGGCACAAAGAACGGUCUAGGAAGCACAACUUUCCACUCUGUUCCAAUGAUGAUGAAAGGAAUAGCCAUUUCCCAUCAAAAAGUCAGAGAGGAGGAAACUGCAAACUCUGGAGUGGGUUUAGAAAUGAAAAACAAUCAAAAUAUAGGUAUACUUACAACAGGGAUAAGUCAAGGCAGGGCAAGACUAGACACCUAUGUCUAGGCCCCAAAGCCAGUAAACCUUUUGGGGACCCCAGCACCCAAAGUUGUUUCACAAGACACUCUAGGAACAGUGACAGAUCCUCUGAAAAUCCAGGAAUUUGGGACAGAAAUUCAGGCUCUUUCUUAAGAGAGAAAACUGAUUACCCAAACAAAGGCAGUGAGAUUCAGGAGGACAUAGAACAUCCUCAUGAUUCUGACCUGGGAAAAGUAAACCUAGUCCAGUAUACCUCUGAACUGAUCAACUGGCCGCAGAAAGAUGGAGACCGGGUAAUUCCAAGGAUCCCAGGGCUGCACGUUUCAGAAAGAGAGAAAAUAUCACCACCAGCCCUGAGGCUUUUGGAUGGAACCCACCCAGAGAAAUGUCAGGAACAAACAAACAAGGGUGAGGUCUUUUCAGAUGGCUGCCAGAUGGAAGUGGAGGAUCCCUCCCAAAGUCACUUUGCAAUUAAGCUCCCAGCACCCGUAUAUAGCCCACCAGUGUUUGCUUUGUUGGAAGAAACACAGAACGUAAGUACAGUUACCAAGAAUAAAGGCAGUUUGAUUCAAAGAAGUGCUGAGAGAGACAAGGAUGAAGGAUCACAGACAAAGCACGACGCUGCUUUGUCAGACACUGGUGAUGAGAACUGUCUUUUUAAAGGUAUAAUUCAAAUAGGAACAGACUAUUGGUCCCCAAACAUAAACAUGAACACUGUUCAAGAACAAUUGAACCUCUCAAGUAGUGGAACCCAACCUUUUAUACAAAGCACUGACCCAGUACCAAAUAAUUUCCCUGGUGCUCUGCCUUCUAUUAGAUAUUCUGGUGUUGUUAAUUCAACAGAGACCAAAGAGGAACAAAAAAUCUUAGAGCGACAUGAUGGAAGCAUGGACAUGAAUGACGUAGAAGGGAACAUCACCUCUUACUUGGACAGUGCUAUGCAGAAGUGUGGGGAAACAGAAAGGGAAGUCUGCCACAAAUCCAUCUCCCCGCCUUUAACACAGCAACCCAUAACAUUUACACCUGAAGAAAUAGACAAAUACAGACUGCUUCAGCUACAAGCCCAGCAGCAUAUGCAGAAGCAGUUCCUGUCCAAACAUCUUAAAGCCACAGGUCCCCCUGCCUUCUCCUCCACUGCUGUGAUGCCAUCGGUGCCAGUCCAUCAGCACACGUCCAUCACAACCAUCCAUCACACUCUUUUGCAACAUUUUGCUGUCUCUGCUUCCAUGAAUCCUCAUGGAGGACACCUCCCUAUAGCUCACCUGCAUCCCCUCUCUCAAACCCACUUUACCCCUAUCUCAUUUUCACCCUUGACUCCUGCCGUUAUCCCUACACACCCCACGUUCUUGACUGGACACCCCCUACAUCUAGUCCCUGCUACGCACCUUCACCCAUCCCACUUAGCCCUCCAGCCACUGCCUCAUGCUGCAUUUAUUCCAACUUUGUUCAGGCCUCACUUGAAUCCAGUCGCGGCUUCGAUCAUUCAUCUGAAUCCGUUAAUUCAACCUAUGUUUCAAGGGCAAGACUUUUGUCCUCAUUCGUGCUCUGGUCAAAUACAGCAGUUCAAUAGAGUAAAAGAAGUGUUGAAUGUUUCUGCUCACUUGAACUAA